CAUAUGCUGAUGACGUCAAUGAUACCAAAACAACAUCGAUGUUUUCGCGGGAAAUGUUCAGACUGUGAUGGCAGUGACCGUGAGGAGUUUUAGCGAUGCAAUUGAACUUAUUCGUAGACACGAGGAAGAGACAGCAUUUCAUUAUGUGAAAGACAAGCGAGACAAGAAAAGAUUUGAAUCUGAAAUAAGCUUACAUGGAGAUGAAAAAAUAUUCUGGAAUAUUGCUGCUAAAAAUGGUGAUUUUUCAAUCAAGUAUGAUGGAAUUCCAUUUGUUUUCCUGGGCAAAAAGACCUUCCUGUGCCAAAAUGGAAGAGAUAAAGGAAUAUUCAUGAAAAAAAGAUGGAAAGAAAAAAAGGAAAAACUGAUGAAAGAAGACCAUGUUUUCAUUAAAAACCGGUUCCUGCAGCAACCCACAAAAAAGAUGGGUUGUAAGGCAAGAAUUGAGAUUAAAAAAAUUGCCAAGUUUCCAGAUUUCAAGGUGUCAACCAAUUCUAGAGGAGCCAAGGAAGGGGCUUUGAAAAUGUUGAAAAAAGCUCUUCAAAUGAAGUCAUCUCUGGCCGUAGAUGUUCAGUACUUAAUAUAUAUACCAUCCAAAGAGGAACACCAAUACCACUUAACUGGGGAGAUGGGUGGCUACAGUGAACCUGUAGAUCCAAUGGUGAGGAGCAAGGUCUUGGAGCUCCUUGAAAAUGGUCUCAGGAGCAGACGGGAACUUGAGGCCUGUGUUAGGGAGUAUGUUGUUAACCAGAUGUUUCAAGGAAAGGAACCACCUCCAAAAAGUAGAAGAAGAUAUUUCCCUCAUGCAGUAGAUUUUGCUAACCUCAUCACCAAAUAUAAACUACAGAAGAGAUUUUCAAAAAUAGACCAGGUGAAUGUGGAGAAAAUGCUGCAAGAGGUCCCAUCUGAGUAUCUUUGUUUUUUUCGUGGGUGUUCAUCAACGGUUGAAGAUAUACCCAGUUCCGUGAAAGAGGACACCUUGGAUGAUGACCCUGUCGUGGAUAUGGAAGAACUGUCAGAUGUCAGGGAAUGCAAGAUGCCUGGAAAUAAACUCCUGUUUGUUUAUCAGACACCUGAAAUGCAGAGGCUGUACAGAAUAUAUGGACAGACACUUCUGUUAGAUGCAACAUACAGAACUUGUAGAUAUGCCUUGCCAUUAUUUUUUCUUGUAGUCCGCACCAAUGUGGAUUAUCAGGUUGUUGCAUUUUUUGUUGUGCAGCAAGAAACGAGAGAAAGUAUUGCUGAAGCUCUUACCAUAAUCAGAAAUAGGACUCCAGAAGUGAUACCCGAAUAUCAGCAAGGCAAUGUUAAAAGCUGCCAUUUGUAUCGUAAGUGGUCUGCCCAAGUACCAGUUUGGCUACAGGACAGGCCUAAAUUCAUAUUUGAAGACAUCUGGCAGAAGAUGCAACUAAUAAACCCAAAACAGGUGUCAUCUGUUACAAUGAUAAAAGAUGGAGAGUUCACAAUUGCCAGUGAGCAGGACAGCUCAAAACUCUAUACUGUCAGGUUGGGUACUGACAGUGAAUGCUGCUCAUGCACCUGCCCUAGUUUCCAGCAUUCCAGGAUGCUCUGCAAACAUUUUUUUGCGGUGUUUGCUGGAAAACUAGGGUACGGGUGGCAUGACAUCAGCAGCAUUUACAGAGACCACCCUGUAUUGAAUCUUGACUGGGAACUGAUCAACGCCACCAAUCCCCAAGAGCUGCCCCUGGCACAUGAGUCUUCUGAGGACAACAACUUUGACACUGCUGUUGAUGAAAAUGAGCUGUCUUUCAAUUUGCCAUUGCGACGCAGUACAUUGAAGAACACCUUGAUAUCUGCAAGAUCGAUUUUGAAGCAAAUGGUGGAUCUGUCCUACAAGAUCGACAAGAAGGUCCCCACAGAGAAGUUGUCCACAUGGGUGUCCUCGCUGGAGAAGUGCCUGAGUGAGGUGUCAGAAAUGGUGAAGAGGGAUGGGGGGCUAGUUUUGGAGGCUUCCCCUCUUAAACCACCACCAAAAAAAAAGCUUAAAAGGUCCACUGGAUCCAGUCUUGCCUCUCUACCGAAACAUCCAGCUAAACAUCCAGCAAGCAACAGAGUGGGCAAAAAGGCAGAAUGCCUGAGAUCCCUCUUAAAACCGAAAUUAAAGAGGGCUUCAAAAGGAGAGGUGCCACUGCCUUCCUGUAUGGCUACAGCAGAACAGAAAGUCCUUGUAACACCACAGAACACUGAAGCCAAGUCAGAUACUAACACAUUAAUGGGCAGACUGGGAAUUUCUGUCCCCACCAUUUGGCCAAACCUUUAUAAUGGAGGGAGAAUAACCAUUGGUAACGAAUGGGUUGAUGACAGAGAUAUGCAAACUUUACAAGGCAGCCAGUGGCUGAAUGACAAAGUCAUCAAUGCUUAUAUGAAUGUCAUCAAAGAAAAGCAUGAAGGUAUUUUCACAAUACCCUCCUAUGCAGCUGUCCUUUGAGACCAAGGGCGCUUCAAUCAAUACCUGUUUCCACAUGUGAAAUUCUCUGAAUACAGAUGGGUUUUCCUACCUAUUUGUGUGCAACAUCACUGGGUGUUGCUUGCAGCUCACAUACAGACUCGCACUGUUGUUGUACUUGAUUCCCUUUAUGACGGCAGAUUUGACCACUACAUUGAUAAAUGGAGAACAUACAUGAAGAUCAGAGGGGAAGAUAACCAGAAUUGGACCAAAGGGCAAAUGAAGUCCUCAAAACAAAAUGAUGGACAUAGCUGUGGUCUCUUUGUUUUACUUAAUGCCCUCAUCCUAUCCAAGAAUAUGGACUUAAAGUCAGAAAGUAUCAACAGCAGUGACACUGCUAACAUGAGGAAGCAUGUCCAGCAAGCUUUCCUUCAAAGACUGUGAUCCAGUUCAGUUACUAUGUACAGACACAGAUGUAUCUGUGCAUAUAGCUGUCACCUUGCUUUAUUAUACCUCAAACACCAGCAUUAUCAACUUUGACUUAACUCCCAUCCACCUGAAGCCAUGUACAUUUUCUGCAUUGGUUUAUGCAAUAAUUAAUGCUGUUAAGGGCCCCUUUACAAUGGACGGUGUCCUUUCUGCGUCCAGCAGUACGGAUUCA